AUGGCUCUUUCUCGUUUGACAACAGAGCGGGUUUUAGCUCAAAUUGAGCGUGUUAUUCAAUCCAACCAUGAAUUUCGUCUAAACGACAGUGUCAAAGUAAAUUUGGUCCAUGUUGAAAUGCCCAACGGCGGUACCGGAACAAAACGCAGUGAAAUAAAUUUGGAAAAGCAUUUGAUCAAUAAAAGGGCAAUUGUUCGUAUUCAGAACAAGGAUGAUUUAUGUUUAGCUCGGGCUUUAGUUGUUUCGAUUGCCAAAAUUGAAAACGAUAGCCGGUAUAGAACUAUAAGUGAUUUUCGUUGUUCACUGCAAACACGUUUAGCUCAUGAUUUGCACGAAAAAGCAGGUGUUCCGAUAGGUUCUUGCGGUAUAGACCAAGUCAAACAAUUUCAAGCGUAUUUGACCGAUUAUCAAAUCAACAUUGUUUCAAAAGAGCAUCAAAAUUCUGUCAUUUUUUCCGGACCUGAUAAAGAGAAAAGGAUCUAUUUGUUUUUGCAUGAGAAUCAUUUCGAUGUGAUUACAAGCAUGCCGGCUUUUGUUGCUCGUAAAAAGUGUUGCCAUACUUGUAAAAAAGGGUAUGAUCAUCAAAGGGAUCAUUUAUGCGGAGAUACGUGUAAAUUGUGCCAUUUUCAAAAUUGUCCGAUUGUUUCGUGGAUUUCAUGUAGUGAUUGUAACCGCCGUAUUUUUAAAAGUCAAGAAUGUUUCGAUCGGCACAAACAAAACGUAGGAAAUGCAAAAUCGAUCUGUUUGUCUACUGCCAAAUGCCCUCAUUGUAAUCGUGCUUUCGAACGGACUCAACUGAGGCCUGAUUUGCAUCACUGCGGACUGAAGCGUUGCUCAACCUGUGAAAAAUACGUGGGCAUCGAGGACCACCAAUGUUACAUGCAACCUGUCAAGGAAAAACCUGCACGUGAGACUGGUUUAUGUGAUGACGAAGCGGAUGAGGACGUCCACGAAAGCGGAUACAACGAACUACUGUUCUUCGAUUUUGAGUGCAUCCAAGAGAAUGGUAAUCACGAACCGAACUUGUGCGUAAUUCAAAACGAGGCUGGUGACGAAGUUUCAAGGAGAUAAUACCAGGAACGAGUUCUGUGAAUGGCUGUUCACGAAAGAACAUGAAGGAUGUAUUGUGGUGGCCCAUAAUUUUCAGGGCUACGAUGGUUAUUUCAUCCAACAAUACCUACACGAGAACGGUGUUAUUCCUGAAGUCAUUCUGCGUGGUGCCAAGAUCCUUACAUUGUAUGUACCUAUGCUCAAGAUUAAAUUCAUCGAUUCCUUGAGUUUCAUACCAAUGAGACUGGCUGAUUUUCCCAAAACCUUUGGUUUGAACGAGCUGGCAAAAGGAUAUUUCCCUCACCUCUUCAACAGGAAGGAAAACCAGAAUUAUGUUGGACCCCUACCACCGAGUCCUUAUUACCAUCCCAAUGGAAUGAAUCCGGCAGAGAAAGAGACGUUUUUGAAAUGGCAUCAGGAAUUGAAGGAGAACAAUUAUGUGUUCAAUUUCCAAGAAGAAAUCCUGAGUUACUGUCGAUCCGAUGUGGAUAUCCUUCGACGUUGUUGCCUUGAAUUUCGCGAGUUGUUCCGUGACGUCACCGACAUUGACCCGUUCGAGAAAUGCCUAACCAUUGCGUCAGCGUGCAAUCUCGUGUUUCGGACGAAUUUCCUUAAAGAAAACACCAUCGCCAUUUUGCCUCCACACGGCUAUCAUCCAGGAAUCAAGCAAUCCAACAUCGCCUUGAAAUGGUUAUCUUACACAGCCGAGAAGAAUGACGUGUACAUUCAACAUAAACGGAAUGGUGGCGAGAAGACUGUUGGUCAAUAUUCCUUGGAUGGCUAUGAUGAGGAAACACAUACAGCAUAUGAAUUCCAUGGCUGUUUCUGGCACGGUAAGUUUUUUAGAGGGUCAGUUUUUUACAUAGGUACAGUACUUUAACGAAAUAUUUUUUUACAGGGUGUUUGAAAUGUUAUGCACGGGACACCGUCAACAAGGUCAGCGAAAAGACCAUGCAUGAUCUCCAUCAAGCCACCAUGGAAAAGACCCAGUACCUUAAAGAUCGUGGCCUCCAUGUUGUCGAAAUGUGGGAGUGCGACAUGAAGAAAGAAUUGGAACACGAUGAAGACAUGAAACAGUACUUCGAGGAUUACGAUGUGGUGGAUCCUUUGGAACCACGACAUGCUUUGUAUGGUGGUCGAACCAACGCAACGAAACUCUUCCACAAAUGCAAAGAGGAUGAGAAGAUAAGGUAUGUUGUUAGUGCAUCCCAAUAGAUCUAGGAACGGGAGUCUAAUGUCCGUUUUUCUUACAGGUACGUCGACUUCACCAGUCUCUAUCCCUGGUGUAACAAGAUGACCAGAACGGUCAUUGGUCGGCCUCGUAUCAUCACUGAAAACUUUGAUGAUAUUACCACGUACUUUUGCUUGAUCAAGUGCACGGUAUUACCACCUCGUGGACUUUUCCAUCCAGUCCUUCCCUAUCGAACCCAAGGCAAACUGAUGUUUCCUCUGUGCAAAGCCUGCGCUGAUACGUGUAACCAAGCCCCUUGUACUCAUUCCGAGCGUGAAAGAGCUAUCCAAGGAACCUGGUGCAGCGUGGAAUUAGAGAAAGCCCUGGAGAAAGGUUACCAUAUCCUCCAAAUGCACGAAGUGUGGCAUUUUCCCGGAACCUCCGACGCGCUGUUCAAGGAUUAUGUGGACACUUUCCUCAAAAUCAAGCAAGAAUCCAGUGGUUAUCCCAAGAAUUGUGUCACUGAGGAACAGAAACAGCAGUACGUCGACGAAUACUUGGCAGUCGAAGGUAUACAGCUAGACCGAGAAAAGAUCGAACACAAUCCUGGGAUGCGUGCACUGUCCAAACUGAUGCUGAAUUCGUUUUGGGGUAUGUAUUUUUUAAACGGUAAUGUUCUCGCAAGGACGGCGAGGUAA